GGAUAUAACUAAGUAACAAAACAUUUUAUAUGGUGCAAAAAUCAUGAAUAAAAAUAAUUCACUAAGACGAAGGAAUCACAAUUUCAGGAAACGAGCACAUAAUUUCGCUAAAUCCAAUGCUGUGGAAACAGUAGACGUCAAUGUGGAAAACCUCGGCUUUCCUGAGAUAACAUUUGUGGAUUUGAUGGAAGUGGGACGAGUUGUAAUUGAUGACUUCAUAGCGGUUGAUUUUGCUAUCCGUCUUGUUGUCCUUCUUGUUGUUGUUGUUGUUCUCUUGGUUGGCUUCUUAGUUGUGGUUUUGGUGGUGGUGGUGCGGGUUGUCUUUGGUGUUGUCUUGGUAGUUGCUCUUGUUGUCCUUCUU